ACACCACACUCAAUUAAAAGAUGGACUCAUUUGCAAGACGUUACUUUGGCCGGUCAGCACACCAAACCAAGAAUUUCAAUGGAACCGGCAUAUGUGACCACCUCUAACUAUUCCGAUGUUUGGCGAUCUAGUCCGAGCAGGCACUCGGUAUCCCCCGAGUCCCCCCGAUCAUUCACGGAGUUGAAUAUGAACACCCUGUCCAUGCCAUCGUUUGAGUUCGACCAGUUUCCCAAUGUGUUUUCAUUUUCGCCCUGUCCACCUGGCUACAAAGACCUGACGGUGUUUAAGGAGAAAGCCCCCCACGACAUCGCAGAUGCUUUGCUGUCGUUGAAACACGCGGUCGUCCAUCCUCAGUUCAGUGGUCAGCUGUCGCCGCUCUCGCCACCACCGUCCAUGACACACCUCGGACACGGCCAAAUGAUGAACCCAGGACCACUGACCCAUCAGAACCACCAGGGUCUAGGAUACCCCGUCAGCCACCAGGGACCAAUGUUCCAUAACUCCUACCCGGCCCCGCCUCCGUCACAGUACGCCAGUCAGUACCCGGAUCCCGGGCCUAGUACUUCCGGUCAGCCGACGCCUCAAACUAACGUCCACUUCCCGUCGAUGAGCGUUAACGUUUCCAUGAGUAUGAACGUCGGCAUGCCGCCGGGCCUCGGUAACACCCAGUACAGCCCGGUACCCCCUCAACAGUGGCCCCCACAGCCGCAGAGCCCCACCCUGGGGCAGUACCACCCAGGCCACCCCCACUCCCAGAGCCUACAACCCCAGUAUGGGGGUUACAACGCCCAACCCUACCCCCCAACUUACAGCUUCACGUCAGACUUCAGGCCCAUGGCAGACGGCAGGGGUGGUAUCUAUUACAAGCAUUCCGAAAGUUUCAAAGACGCCGCAAGGUUUUGCACCAUGGGUCAUCUGAAACGGUCCAAGUUCCUCCCAGACAAGACUCCCCCUCCACCCCCGGGGAUGGAUCCCAACUCACUGAAGACUAACAUGUGCAGGAUCUGCGGCAAGACGUAUGCAAGACCUAGCACCCUGAAAACCCACCUGAGAACACACUCGGGGGAAAAGCCAUACAAGUGUACAACAUGUAACAAGUCUUUCUCUCAGGCCGCAAACCUCACAGCGCACAUCAGAACGCAUAGUGGCGAGAAACCAUUCCGAUGUCCCAUCUGUGAUCGUCGCUUCUCACAGAGCUCUUCUGUGACCACCCACAUGCGAACCCACUCCGGAGAACGCCCCUAUCGGUGUCGCCUGUGUAAGAAGGCUUUUUCGGACAGCUCCACCCUGACUAAACACCUCCGGAUACACAGCGGAGAAAAACCCUACCAAUGCAAGCUAUGCCUCUUGCGCUUCUCCCAGUCAGGCAAUCUCAACAGACAUAUGCGUGUGCACACGAACACCGGAUGAAUACAGUGCACCUAUCUGCGCUGCAUGUACGUGCAUUUUGUGCGUGAAGCAUUUACAGGGCAAUGUGCUUGAUUGAAACAGCUUCUCAAAUUUACACGUGCAUUCAAAUUGUAAUAGAAGCCGAACACGUACGUAUGUGCGUUGUGCAAAAGGACACGUAUGUCACAGCUGCAUCUGUUUUGACAAUAUUUGGACCAUUCAGUGACUGGUGAUAGAUCACGCUCGAAUACAACUGUGACUGUUUGUUAUUUGUGAAGCUGGAAGUGAAGUAUGACGUUUAUACCGUGAAACCUUGUUUAUCCAAACUACACUGUUUCGAAUCAAAUCCGGAUUAAAUAUAUUCCGACCAACUAUCGGUGUCAACGGCAAGCUUGAUUGUCAUCGCCGAAACCAGACAACCGCAACUACAUUCAAACGUGUUCUUUUUUUAAAUGAAAAAUCUGAAUUUUAAAAGGGUCAAGCUUGAAAGGGGGCUAUUCAAGUCGUCUGUGUACUUACUGUCUGCCAUAUCCUCUCCGGGUUGCCCUGACAGCGGAGUGAAAUAUUCCACACGAUAACGGCAACAAAACCUUUCUCUCUGUCGAUGUGCCGGACAACGGUUACUUUGCUGGUGGUGUGUGUAUAAAUGUGUGUGCAAAUUAUUAACAUGGAAUUACCAUCGUUCAUUUACACUACAUUCGUCAAGUUUUGUCCGUUUUAUUACCACCCUGAAAACUAUAGUUAGAAUUUGUUCAAACCAUUGGAAUACAGUCGUACACACCAAAGGCCGCGGAUAUUCGUUUGUUUGUGUUUCAAAAAUCAAGAGUGUAUUAUGUUGUCUGUUUAAGCCUUAGAAGCGGCCGAAACAGACGGGGAUGCGCUAUUUCGUUUGUCAAUCGUUGAUGUGGAUAUGAAACUCUAGAAUAAGCUAUCAUGUUACAUAUCAAUAUUUCCACUUCUCACGGACGUUUAUUCGCUGUGAGGAAAUGUCAGUGAUUUUAAUCCCGGUUUCGCGUAUGAGUAUAUAGUCAAGGACUAUUUGCUUCUACAUUUAAAUAUGGUGGUUUCUAGUGUGGUAAGCUUGUCGAGUGAACCAGCUUUGAAAAGUGCUACAAUAUUUCCUGAUUAGCAUAUCUGGAUGUACACAGUAAGUAACAAUAAUAUAUAUAGUAUAUGUUUUACACUAAUGUGCAUUGUGUAUGAAAGUACUGGCGUGUAUAGUGUAUGUUAGUUAACACUGCCGUGUAUACUACCGUGUACAAAUAUAUGUUAACAGUACCUUACAUUGUGUAAGUUUACAGUGAGUGAUGCAUUAUAUUUACAAUUGUCGUUAUGUUUAGUUUAUAUUUGUUUAUGCUAUUUAAUGCAAACAUUCAGAUAAUCCGUGUUAUUUACCAGCUGAACAUCAAAUUAGUUCGUCUCGAAAAUGCGUUAUAGGAAUUUUAUAGAUAUGAAAAAACCCACAUUGAAAUAAAAUUAGAUUUAUCAAA